UUUUUUUCCUUCUGCGCUCAUCUGUCGCGCGGCUUAUAAAUUUCGCUUGCUGGGACUAACGAGCAAAAUACUACCCACCAGAACCUGGACAACUCGACGUCUCUCAGAUAUUUACUAUUUCUUGUUUUAUUUGGAUACUCAGAGUCUUGGUUCAAGGACUCGGGUUUGCGAUGGGGCUAUAGAGAAACUCGCUAUUGUCUGAAUCGCUACGAAAUACAGCAUCUGUUUUCUCAAUAUUUAUUCACCACCACGUCGGUUUCGCCGCGAGAAAUCACCAUGGUCUUGGAUCCUAUAACAGGCGAAGAAGUCCAUCUGCCGUUGAAGCAGAGCGCCGACGACGACGACGUGCGCGGACGCAGGUGGUGGCUGCUUCGUCGGAGCGAGGUCCCUGUUGAUGCGGUUUCCGGGCUCGUGGCCGGGUGCGCGGCGACGUUGAUCGUGCAUCCUUUGGAUCUUAUUAAAGUGCGGUUACAAGUGGACAACUCGAGUAGGUCUCAUCUGGGUGGCAUUGUUCAUGUUGUUAAUGACCUGAGACGGUCGCAAAAUCCGCUGAAGGAAGCGUAUCGUGGUCUUGUGCCGAAUAUUUUUGGAAACAUGGUUAGCUGGGGUGCCUACUUCUAUUGGUACGAAAAGAUCAAGAUCAAAGCCCAAGAAGUGACCGGCAGACCAGUCCUCGGCUUCACAGACUACCUUGUGAGCGCAGGUCUAGCAGGCGGCAUCACCUCGCUCUUCACAAACCCGAUCUGGGUCGUCAAGACGCGCAUGCUCUCGACAAAUUCACAGUACACGGGGGCCUACACGAGCAUGUACGAGGGUCUCAAGCGCAUACGGCAGGAGGAAGGGAUCAAGGGGUUUUACCGCGGGUUUGUGCCGAGUUUGCUGGGCGUCGGGCAUGGAGCGGUGCAGCUUAUGAUGUAUGAGGAAAUGAAGAAGUGGUAUCUACGCGGUCCUGCUGUCUCAAGUUCGCAGCUCGAGAAUAGCGAACCUAGCGAUCUGUCGACGUUGCAAUACAUAACCUUCUCGGCAACAUCAAAGAUAGGCGCUAGUCUGGUCAUGUACCCGACCCAGGUAAUCAGAUCGCGCCUGCAACGAUACGACGCCGACAAUGUAUAUUUCUCCAUGCGUGACGUCAUCUUCCGAACCGCAAAGGAGGAGGGAAUUCUGGGGUUCUAUAAAGGAUUGGUGCCGAACCUCUUCCGCGUGGUUCCUGCGACGUGCGUUACGUUUGUAGUAUAUGAGCAUUGCAAGGCCUACCUAAACUCAGCCGAGAUAUGAGUGUGGGCGCGUGUUGGUGAGGUAGUUGAUUCUCUUUUGAGAGAAUGCGUAGUACUGUAGUCAUUCAUAUUUCGUUCCGGCGUUUUGUUUCUUUGUUUCAUAGAGCUUUGCUGCAUUUAGGAAGUUGUUGAUAUUUGCACAUACUCUGUAAUAUAUCUCUUAUACCACUAUCUCCUCCAUCGAACCUGCCUGCUCAAUUCUAAGAGAAAAUCAGCUUGUAGAAAUGCCCCUCCACACGGAUAGAGACGACGUCACAUGACCUCGCUUAUCCCAAAC